AUGGCAACCCUGUUGUCGAACCCGUAUACGGCCCAGCCCAGUGCAUCAUAUGGAUAUAUGAGCCAACCACAAGGCCCUCCCUCACCUCCCAUCGAUGAGACCUCCAAAUGCUCUCUGCCUUCCAUCUCGAACCUGCUCGGACUUGCCGACCAGGGCUCUCCUACCUCGGAAACAUCACCACAGUCACAGCAGCAGCAGCAGCAACAACAACAACAACCUCCUUCAAGGCCGGAAACCAGGCCCAACUCAUCUCACUAUGGCGCCAUCAUCCGCAGCGGUGCUCUGCCGCCAACUCCUCCCAUGACGGCGGAGGCUUCCUUCGAGGGCUAUCACUCUCCCUCAACAAAGUCCGUCAGCCAGCUCUCGGUCGCCUCCAACUACUACUUCGAGUCGACGCCGCCUCUGAGCCACGUCGACGCCGAGGCUCACCGCCAGCACAUGACAUCUGCCGCCGUCCCCCGUGUCUCCGUACAGCCAACCUAUGGGCCCUCUUCGUUUGCUGCGGCACCUUCCUACAUGCCGCAGCCGGCGAUGCCUUCGUACUACCCCACGAUGCAGCCGACGCCGCCGCCCCAGCAGCAGAUCUCCGGGCUCUACUACCAGCGCCCUCUGCCCCAGACCUUCCCUCCCCUCCCGGUCUCGGUGGCCCUCGGACCCUCGGGGGGGCCGAACCCGUGGCAACACCACCACUACAUCUCGCCCUCUUCUGCCGCCUCCUUCCCGCAGUCGCAGGACCGGUACAUCUGCCAGACCUGCAACAAGGCCUUCUCGAGGCCCAGCUCCCUCCGGAUCCACAGCCACUCCCACACCGGCGAGAAGCCCUUCAAGUGCCCCCACGCCGGCUGCGGCAAGGCCUUCAGCGUCCGGAGCAACAUGAAGCGUCACGAGCGGGGCUGCCACAACUUUGACAGCAACGGCUCGGGUCUGCGCCACUAG